CAAGCGUCGCCAACAGGUUGCAUCGUUCCCCGCGGCCGCCGCGCGGCCCCUCGGGCGGGGAGCGGCCGGGGGUGGAGUGGGAGCGCGUGUGUGCGAGUGUGUGCGCGCCGUGGCGCCGCCUCCACCCGCUCCCCGCUCGGUCCCGCUCGCUCGCCCAGGCCGGGCGGCCCUUUCGCGUGUCCGCGCUCCCUUCCCUCUGCCGCCGCCUCCUCCAUUUUGCGAGCUCGUGUCUGUGACGGGAGCCCGAGUCACCGCCGGCCCGUCGGGGACGGAUUCAGUGGGUGGAAGGAGACGCCGCAGCCGGAGCGGCCGAAGCAGCUGGGCGCCGGGACGGGGCACGCGCGCCCGGAAGCCCGGACCCGCGGAGCCCGGCGCGGGGCGGAGGGCUGUCUUGUCAGCUGGGCGAUGGGAGACUUUCUUAAAUAGGGGCUCUCCCCCCACCCAUGGAGAAAGGGGCGGCUGUUUACUUCCUUUUUUUUAGAAAAAAAAAAAAAUAUUUCCCUCCUGCUCCUUCUGCGUUCACACGCUAAGUUGUUUAUCUCUGCUGCGGCAGGAGCUGCGGACGGUGGCGGGCGAGCGGCUCCUCUGUCAGAGUUGAUAUUUACUGAUGGACUCCAAAGAAUCAUUAACUCCCAGUAGAGAAGAAAACCCCAGCAGUGUGCUUGCUCAGGAGAGGGGAAAUGUGAUGGACUUCUAUAAAACCCUAAGGGGAGGAGCUACUGUGAAGGUUUCUGCAUCUUCACCCUCACUGGCUGUCGCUUCUCAGUCAGACUCCAAGCAGCGAAGACUUUUGGUUGAUUUUCCAAAAGGCUCAGUAAGCAAUGCGCAGCAGCCAGAUCUCUCCAAAGCAGUUUCUCUCUCAAUGGGACUGUAUAUGGGAGAGACAGAAACAAAAGUGAUGGGAAAUGACCUGGGAUUCCCACAGCAGGGCCAAAUCAGCCUUUCCUCGGGGGAAACAGACUUAAAGCUUUUGGAAGAAAGCAUUGCAAACCUCAAUAGGUCGACCAGUGUUCCAGAGAACCCCAAGAGUUCAGCAUCCACUGCUGUGUCUGCUGCCCCCACAAAGAAGGAGUUUCCAAAAACUCACUCUGAUGGAUCUUCAGAACAGCAAAAUUUGAAGGGCCAUACUGGCACCAACGGCGGCAAUGUGAAAUUGUAUACCGCAGACCAAAGCACCUUUGACAUUUUGCAGGAUUUGGAGUUUUCUUCUGGGUCCCCAGGUAAAGAGACGAAUGAGAGUCCUUGGAGAUCAGACCUGUUGAUAGAUGAAAACUGUUUGCUUUCUCCUCUGGCGGGAGAGGACGAUUCAUUCCUUUUGGAAGGAAAUUCGAAUGAGGACUGCAAGCCUCUCAUUUUACCGGACACUAAACCCAAAAUUAAGGAUAAUGGAGAUCUGGUUUUGUCAAGCCCCAAUAAUGCAACACUGCCCCAAGUGAAAACAGAAAAAGAAGAUUUCAUCGAACUCUGCACCCCUGGGGUAAUUAAGCAAGAGAAACUGGGCACAGUUUACUGUCAGGCAAGCUUUCCUGGAGCAAAUAUAAUUGGUAAUAAAAUGUCUGCCAUUUCUGUUCAUGGUGUGAGUACCUCUGGAGGACAGAUGUACCACUAUGACAUGAAUACAGCAUCCCUUUCUCAACAGCAGGAUCAGAAGCCUAUUUUUAAUGUCAUUCCACCAAUUCCCGUUGGUUCUGAAAAUUGGAAUAGGUGCCAAGGUUCUGGAGACGACAACUUGACUUCCUUGGGGACUCUGAACUUCCCUGGUCGAACAGUUUUUUCUAAUGGCUAUUCAAGCCCCAGCAUGAGACCAGAUGUAAGCUCUCCUCCAUCCAGCUCCUCAACAGCAACAACAGGACCACCUCCGAAACUCUGCCUGGUGUGCUCUGAUGAAGCAUCAGGAUGUCAUUAUGGAGUCUUAACUUGUGGAAGCUGUAAAGUUUUCUUCAAAAGAGCAGUGGAAGGUAGACAGCACAAUUACCUAUGUGCUGGAAGGAAUGAUUGCAUCAUCGAUAAAAUUCGAAGAAAAAACUGCCCAGCAUGCCGCUAUCGAAAAUGUCUUCAGGCUGGAAUGAACCUGGAAGCUCGAAAAACAAAGAAAAAAAUAAAAGGAAUUCAGCAGGCCACUACAGGAGUCUCACAAGAAACCUCUGAAAAUCCUGCUAACAAAACAAUAGUUCCUGCAACGUUACCACAACUCACCCCUACCCUGGUGUCACUGUUGGAGGUUAUUGAACCUGAAGUGUUAUAUGCAGGAUAUGAUAGCUCUGUUCCAGACUCAACUUGGAGGAUCAUGACCACGCUCAACAUGUUAGGAGGGCGGCAAGUGAUUGCAGCAGUGAAAUGGGCAAAAGCGAUACCAGGUUUCAGGAACUUACACCUGGAUGACCAAAUGACCCUACUGCAAUACUCCUGGAUGUUUCUUAUGGCAUUUGCCCUGGGGUGGAGAUCAUAUAGACAAUCAAGUGCAAACCUGCUGUGUUUUGCUCCUGAUCUGAUUAUUAAUGAGCAGAGAAUGACUCUACCCUGCAUGUACGACCAAUGUAAACACAUGCUGUAUGUUUCCUCUGAGUUACACAGGCUUCAGGUAUCUUAUGAAGAAUAUCUCUGUAUGAAAACCUUACUGCUUCUCUCUUCAGUUCCUAAGGACGGUCUGAAGAGCCAAGAGCUAUUUGAUGAAAUUAGAAUGACCUACAUCAAAGAGCUAGGAAAAGCCAUUGUCAAGAGGGAAGGAAACUCCAGCCAGAACUGGCAGCGGUUUUAUCAACUGACAAAACUCUUGGAUUCUAUGCAUGAAGUGGUUGAAAAUCUUCUUAACUAUUGCUUCCAAACAUUUUUGGAUAAGACCAUGAGUAUUGAAUUCCCAGAGAUGUUAGCUGAAAUCAUCACCAAUCAGAUACCAAAAUAUUCAAAUGGAAAUAUCAAAAAACUUCUGUUUCAUCAAAAGUGACUGCCUUAAUAAGAAUGGUUGCCUUAAAGAAAGUCGAAUUAAUAGCUUUUAUUGUAUAAACUAUCAGUUUGUCCUGUAGAGGUUUUGUUGUUUUAUUUUUUAUUGUUUUCGUCUGUUGUUUUGUUUUAAAUACGCACUACAUGUGGUUUAUAGAGGGCCAAGACUUGGCAACAGAAGCAACUGAGUCAUCACUUUUCAGUGAUGGGAGAGUAGACGGUGAAAUUUCAUUAGUUAGUAUAUCCCAGAAAUUAGAAACCUUAAUAUGUGGACGUAAUCUCCAUAGUCAAAGAAGGAUGGCACCUAAACCACCAGUGCCCAAAGUCUGUGUGAUGAACUUUCUGCUCAUACUUUUUCACAGUUGGCUGGAUGAAAUUUUCUGGACUUUCUGUUGGUGUAUCCCCCCCUGUAUAGUUAAGAUAGCAUUUUUGAUUUAUGCAUGGAAACCUGAAAAAAAGUUUACAAGUGUAUAUCAGAAAAGGGAAGUUGUGCCUUUUAUAGCUAUUACUGUCUGGUUUUAACAAUUUCCUUUAUAUUUAGUGAACUACGCUUGCUCAUUUUUUCUUACAUAAUUUUUUAUUCAAGUUAUUGUACAGCUGUUUAAGAUGGGCAGCUAGUUCGUAGCUUUCCCAAAUAAACUCUAAACAUUAAUCUUCUGUGUGAAAAUGGGUUGGUGCUUCUAACCUGAUGGCACUUAGCUAUCAGAAGACCACAAAAUUGACUCAAAUCUCCAGUAUUCUUGUCAAAAAAAAGCUCACAUUUUGUAUAUAUCUGCUUCAGUGGAGAAUUAUAUAGGUUGUGCAAAUUCACCGUCCUAACUGGUAUAGAGCACCUAGUCCAGGGACCUGCUGGGUAAACUGUGGAUGAUGGUUGCAAAAGACUGAUUUAAAAAUCACUACCAAGAGGCCCUGUCUGUACCUAAUGCCCUAUUUUUGCAAAGGCUAUAUGGCAAGAAAGCUGGUAAACUAUUUGUCUUUCAGGACCUUUUGAAGUAGUUUGUAUAACUUCUUAAAAGUUGUGAUUCCAGAUAACCAGCUGUAACACAGCUGAGAGAAUUUUAAUCAGAGCAAGUAAUUCCUCUCACUAAACUUUACCCAAAAACUAAAUCUCUAAUAUGGCAAAAAUGGCUAGACACCCAUUUUCACAUUCCCAUCUGUCACCAAUUGGUUAAUCUUUCCUGAUGGUACAGGAAAGCUCAGCUACUGAUUUUUGUGAUUUAGAACUGUAUGUCAGACAUCCAUGUUUGUAAAACUACACAUCCCUAAUGUGUGCCAUAGAGUUUAACACAAGUCCUGUGAAUUUCUUCACUGUUGAAAAUUAUUUUAAACAAAAUAGAAGCUGUAGUAGCCCUUUCUGUGUGCACCUUACCAACUUUCUGUAAACUCAAAACUUAACAUAUUUACUAAGCCACAAGAAAUUUGAUUUCUAUUCAAGGUGGCCAAAUUAUUUGUGUAAUAGAAAACUGAAAAUCUAAUAUUAAAAAUAUGGAACUUCUAAUAUAUUUUUAUAUUUAGUUAUAGUUUCAGAUAUAUAUCAUAUUGGUAUUCACUAAUCUGGGAAGGGAAGGGCUACUGCAGCUUUACAUGCAAUUUAUUAAAAUGAUUGUAAAAUAGCUUGUAUAGUGUAAAAUAAGAAUGAUUUUUAGAUGAGAUUGUUUUAUCAUGACAUGUUAUAUAUUUUUUGUAGGGGUCAAAGAAAUGCUGAUGGAUAACCUAUAUGAUUUAUAGUUUGUACAUGCAUUCAUACAGGCAGCGUUGGUCUCAGAAACCAAACAAUUUGCUCUAGGGGAAGAGGGAGAUGGAGACUGGUCCUGUGUGCAGUGAAGGUUGCUGAGGCUCUGACCCAAUGAGAUUACAGAGGAAGUUACCCUCUGCCUCCCAUUCUGACCACCCUUCUCAUUCCAACAGUGAGUCUGUCAGUGCAGGUUUAGUUUACUCAAUCUCCCCUUGCACUAAAGUAUGUAAACAGGAGACAGGAAAGUGGUGCUUACAUACUUAAAGGCACCAUCUAAUAGUGGGUUACUUUCACAUACAGGCCUCCCCCAGCAGUUGAAUGACAACAGAAGUUUGGCAAUAGUUUGCAUAGAGGUACCAGCAAUAUGUAAAUAGUGCAGAAUCUCAUAGGUUGCCAAUAAUACACUAAUUCCUUUCUAUCCUACAACAAGAGUUUAUUUCCAAAUAAAAUGAGGACAUGUUUUUGUUUUCUUUGAAUGCUUUUUGAAUGUUAUUUGUUAUUUUCAGUAUUUUGGAGAAAUUAUUUAAUAAAAAACAAUCAUUUGCUUUUUGAAUGCUCUCUAAAAGGGAAUGUAAUAUUUUAAGAUGGUUUGUAACCCAGCUGGAUAAAUUUUUGGUGCCUAAGAAAACUGCUUGAAUAUUUUUAUCAAUGACAGUGUUAAGUUUCAAAAAGAGCUUCUACAAUGUAGAUCAUCAUUCAUUUAUAGAACGUUAUGUGGUUAAAACCAGAAAGCACAUCUCACACAUUAAUCUGAUUUUCGUCCCAACAAUCAUGGCGCUCAAAAAAUAGAACUCAAUGAAAAAAAGAUUAUGUGUACUUUGCUGUCAAUAAUAAGUCAACUGAUAUUCAUCAACAACUAUAGGAGGCUUUUCAUUAAAUGGGAAAAGAAGCUGUGCCCUUUUAGAAUACAUGGGGGAAAAGAAAGUCAUCUUAAUUAUGUUUAACUAGGGACUUAAGUGCUAUAGGGUGGUGCUGUUUGAAAGCAGCUUUAUUUCCUAUGUAUAUGUUAUCUGGUUAUCCCAACCCAAACUAUUGAAGUUUGUAGUAACUUCAGUGAGAGUUGGUUACUCACAACAAAUCCUGAAAAGUAUUUUUAAUUACUGGUGUAAAAAAGUGACCUCCUCAGUGUUUGUAGGCAUUCUGUGGGAUACUAUACAGGCAGAACUGAGGCACUUGGAACACUUUUGGGGUUUAUAUACCCAAAUGCCUAAAACUGGGAGGAAACCCUGGCCAUCCCAUAAGGAAAACUAGCAUGAUUUGUGUCUAUGAAGUGCUGGAUAAUUAGCAUGGGAUGAGCUCUGGGCAUGCCCACGAAGGAAAGCCACGCUCCCUUGAGAAUUCAGAGGCUAGGGAGCAAUUCCAGUUUCACCUAAGUCUCAUAAUUUCAGUUCCCUUUUAAAAACCCUAAAAACUACACCACCAUGGAAUGAAAAAUAUUGUUAUACAACACAUUGAUCUGUCAAACUUCCAGAACCAUGGCAGCCUUCAGUGAGAUUUCGAUCUUGGCUGGUCACUCCCUGACUGUAGCUGUAGGUGAAUGUGUUUUUUUAUGUGCCUGGUUUUAGUGUCAGAAGGGAAAUAAAAGUGUAAGGAGGACACUUUAAGCCCUUUGGGUGGAGUUUCAUAAUAUCCCAGACUAUUUUCAAGCAACCUGGUCCACCCAGGAUUAGUGACCAGGUUUUCAGGAAAGGAUUUGCUUCUCUCUAGAAAAUGUCUGAAAGGAUUCUAUUUUCUGAUGAAAGGCUGUAUGAAAAUACCCUCCUCAAAUAACUUGCUUAACUACAUAUAGAUUCAAGUGUGUCAAUAUUCUAUUUUGUAUAUUAAAUGCUAUAUAAUGGGGACAAAUCUAUAUUAUACUGUGUAUGGCAUUAUUAAGAAGCUUUUUCAUUAUUUUUUAUCACAGUAAUUUUAAAAUGUGUAAAAAUUAAAACCAGUGACUCCUGUUUAAAAAUAAAAGUUGUAGUUUUUUAUUCAUGCUGAAUAAUAAUCUGUAGUUAAAAAAAAAAAAUGUCUUUUUACCUACGCAGUGAAAUGUCAGACUGUAAAACCUUGUGUGGAAAUGUUUAACUUUUAUUUUUUCAUUUAAAAUUUGCUGUUCUGGUAUUACCAAACCACACAUUUGUACCGAAUUGGCAGUAAAUGUUAGUUAGCCAUUUACAGCAAUGCCAAAUAUGGAGAAACAUCAUAAUAAAAAAAAAAAACUGCUUUUUCAU